AUGGUACAGAUGUUGCUUAAUUAUUCUGGACUCGAUCUUGAAGUGCUAAAUGAUAUACAACUCGAAGAAAAGGAUCAAACUUUAUUGAUGUAUGAGAAUGUGACCGUUUUAUGGGCAGCAGCUGCCAUUGAUAAUUUUAAAAUCGUGAAAUUACUUGUUGAACAUGGAGCUCGAGUUAAUCAUACAACUAAAACAAAUUCAACAGCAUUUCGUUGUGCUUGUUCCAAUGGUAAUAUUAAUAUUGCUCGUUACUUGAACGAACACGGUGCUGAUAUACAUAUUAACAAAAUACAUAAUGAAACGAAUCUUAUUUUAAGUGUUUAUAAUGAAGAUUUAGAAAUGACAACUUAUCUCGUUGAUGAACUAAGUUGUGAUGUGAAUGAAUCAAUAGAUGAUGGACGUUCACCACUCUACUUUGCUGUAGAUCGUGGUUCACUUGAACUAGUUCAAUUGUUACUAAAUCAUAAUGCUCGAAAUUUUCGAUCAAAUCAUAAUCACAUGUCUCCAUUAUUAUUAGCAGCUGAAAAGAGACGAAUUGAUCUUGUCGAUGCUAUUUCUCUACAAUGUUCAUUGCUUGAACAAAUCGAAGCACACGAAUUACUUGGAAGUGCUUUUGUCUGUCGUGAACAUGGAAUUUCUAAUGUUGAAAAAUCGUUUGAAUGCUUCUAUGAAGCACUUGAACUUCGAUCAGAACAUAAUCUUCCUAAAGUUCGAAGAUUAUCAACUGUCGAAGUGUUCAAUAAUCGACAAGAAUGUCAAACAAUCGAUGAGCUGGAAAAGCUUCGAUUAAACGAUGAUCAUAUGUACACUGAAGCGUUACUCGUACGUGAACGUUUGCUGGGACCAACUAAUGCAAAAUACUGUCGUUCUCUUCGAUUUCGUGGUGCCCUUCUAGCUGACAAUGCACAACAUCAUCGAGGAGCUGAUUUUUGGUUGUAUGAACUUAGCUUACGUCGACAGUACUCAUUAUCUAUCGACAUUGAGGAUUUGCGUCAAUGGGCUUCGAUUUUUAGUGACAUGUUACGUAAAUCAUUAUCGAUACCAAUUGUGCCUUGGAAGACAGUCAUAACAGUAAUAGUUGAAGAGUUAGAGCAUAAUACGAAGGAUUUUGAUUAUAAUCUACAUACUUUACUUUUCUUAAUAACAAUUGUUAGUCAGGUAUCGACGUGUCAAGCAUAA